AUGUCGGAUAUAUUCGUUGCCCUGCCUCCAGCAACAGGGGGUACGGUCAUAUUUGGUAAAAAUGCCGAUCGUCCACCGUCUGAAGUACAGGAGAUCGUCUACUGCUCGCCAAAAGAUAACCCUGAAGGGUCAAAGGUUAAGUGUACCUUUAUGGAAAUCGACCAAGUAACUCAUAUCAGUGGGGUGGUUCUCAGUAAAGCAGCAUGGACGUGGGGUGCCGAGAUGGGGGCCAAUGAACAUGGAGUGUGUGCUGGUAACACCUCCGUAUGGACCAAACUCUGUACACCUGGGGAUCAUAAUGAAAAAUUAUUGGGCGUCGAUUUAGUAAGAUUAUGUUUAGAGCGGGGAAAGUCGUCUAAAGAAGCCAUGUUGAUAGUAACGGAGCUGCUGGAGAAGUACGGACAAGGUGGACAUAGUUGUGAAGAUCCUAAUUUCGGACAGUGGACCUACAAUAACAGCUUUCUAUUCGCUGAUCGACAUGAAGCUUGGAAGCUGGAUACUGCCGGUCAGUAUUGGGUCGCCAAAAAAAUAACACAAGGAACUGAGAACAUCUCCAGUAUACUUACUAUAGAAACAGAUUACGAUCUCUGUUCAGAUGGUCUGAAGGAAAAGGCAGAGAAGGCUGGGUUUUAUAAACCAGAAUCGGGCGAACUGAAUUUCUAUAAAACCUUUCACGCCGCUUUCUCUGCCUAUGUUCGACUAACAAGCCAGUGUUCGACUAACAAGCCUAUGUUAUAUUUUAUCGUUUCAGAUGAAUUCUCACAACACAACAUGUUCCAAAUUUUACGAAAUGAACCCAGCAGUAUCAACUUUAGUGGCGAGCUGGUAACAAUGGCGAGUCAAGUUUCUGUGUUACAACCACAGAACGGCUCAAUGGUUCCUGACGUACAUUGGUUCACUGGAACACCAAACCCAAGCCUAUCUGUUUUCAAACCAUUUAUAUUCUCAGACCAGCCGGUAAUAGGUGACGUCACCAUAGCACCAGCACACGACGGCAAACCAACGUUCCAAACCGUAGCAGAUCGACGCCACACUCUUUUUAAAGCUCAUGAGAAAGGGAGAAAACUCAUGGAGGAAGGAACGCCGAAUGGUAAACGUCUGUUACAAACUAUGAAAAGUUUAGAGAUCCAGUGUGUUUUAGACGUAUCAGAAUAUCUACAAAACUUUGAUAAAACAAAAUUAGACGAAGUGCACGAUUUAUUCAAGGAUUUGACCGAGUCAGAAGUGAAAUUUUACGUUUAA